CCUACAGUAGUAGGGCACUGAAAAUGUGUUAGCUUGUUUGACGAGACAAACAAGUGACGAGGAGAUUGACCGUGCGGUGUUUCUGUUUCACAUCGCCUAACUUUAAGCUUCCAUUUCUGAAACACAUUUUCACAUCUCUAAAUCUGUGUAAGUCACACGUCUUUCAUUGAAAUUUUGAAGUAAUACUGUUGUUUUUGUGAGUAUUAUGAGACAUUUGUGACGACGACAGAAAAUACUUGUUUUGAGGAGGAAGCGGUUUCAUGGCGAUUUGACCAGCGGAUAGGUGGGAGUAGUAUAAGAGAGCACUCUACAAUGUGGACAGAUAAACACAGAGGAAUCCGAGUUACCCAGGAGGAGCUUCUCUGCAGGAAUGCCUGUGGGUAUUAUGGAAAUCCUGCAUGGCAUGGCCUUUGCUCCAAGUGCUGGAGAGAGAAAGCUCGUCCAACUGGAGCCCCAAGACAAGACACAAGACCAAAGAAUGAUGGAAUUCCUGUCACCUUCUCCAAGUUUGAGGAGAAGAAAAACAUUGAGAAAGGUCAUCGAAUUAACACAAUGAGGAGACUGUUCUGGGGAAGCCCAUCAUCUCCAAAACGCCAAGAGUCAUCUGAAGACCAUACAAAAGCAUUGAAAGCGUUCCAGAGCCUUGAGCCUGGAGACUUUGCCAGUUUCCUAAAAGUACUUCGCAGUCCUCCUUCCCAGCGCUUGCAGUCUCAGUGCACAGCUUUUCUCAACACAGUGGAAGCUUAUCAUGAUCUGCCAGUACAGAAACAGUCUGACCUUGUGCAGGAUUUCUACAUGUCUUUUGCUGAACAUUUUAGCAGUUUUUCUGAGGCUCAUGUCACUCAGAUAAUGGAGCAUGUGGAGAAGUUAACGAUGACACGGUUGCACAAAUGGGUCUUCUGCCAUGACAGCUGUGAUGAUGAACAGAAGGACCUGCUUCUCCAGAGAAGAAUACGCUCCUUAAACUGGGUUACACCGCAGAUGCUGGACGUACCUUUUCCUGACAAAAGCACCACAGUCACAACUGAUCCAUUCCUGCCUGCUAUAACGGCCAUAAUUGAAAUGGAUGCUAAACGAGCACCACAGGACAAACUUGCCUGUGUGUCCAAAUGCAGUCAUCAUGUCUUUGAGGCCCUCUCCAUCUCGAACAGUGAACCUGCCAAUGCUGACGACUUCCUGUCAGGACUGAUUUACGUGGUGCUGAAGGCAAACCCACCCCGCUUACACUCCAAUGUGCAGUACGUGAUUCGGUUUGGCCUCCCUCACAGUCUGAUGGCAGGAGAGAGCGGCUACUAUUUCACAAAUCUGUCUUGUGCUGUGGCCUUCAUUGAAAAGCUGGAUGGACCUGCACUAAACCUGAGUCCAGAAGAGUUUGAGGGCUACAUGCUGAAUCAGCGCACUCCUGCUGUGGGAGAGAAGAGGCAGAAGACUGCCAGUGAAACACAACAGCUACUGGAAGAGCUAAAAGGCAGACAGGAAAAGCUGGACAAGGGGAUGGAUACUCUCAACAUACAGCUACAAAACUGGGUGCAGACAGUUCAUUCACAACUGGAUGAGGCGACGUCACAGUUUGCUCGGGUACAGAAGGAGAUAAUGUCUCAGGCUGACGUCUCACAUGGUUCGUCAUCCUCGUCCCAAGAUGCGUCACCCCAAGGGGAUGACAAAAACCAGUUUCUGCAGGUGCUCACAGAUCAACAUGCCGGUCUGAAGGAUACAGACUGUUAGCAACAUUAACCAACACCUCAUGUGGCACUUGAUUCUUUUUUUUUUUUUUUAAAUCAUUAGCACUAACUUAUGUAGGAUGUGAAACAAACAUUUAUAUUCUAAGGCCACAUUUGCACAGAUUACAGUUUUAGGAAGUUUAAUAUUGUUAAACUUUUUGCAUUCUGUAUCACGGGGCUCAAUGAAGAUUUUAUUGUCUAUAAUUAAAAUAAUUGACUAUAAAGAUAAUUGUAUUCUGUUCCAGGAUGAAGGAAAUUAAAAUACAUUACAGUUUUAAGUAAACACUCAGGUACAUAUCAUAUCUGCUAAGAUUUUAAAGGUGUGUAUUCAAUUACCACUUGUUUCUAAUAGUGUUCACCAAUGUGCCUUUAUGUAAACUGCUGUGAAGUGAAGGUUUGCUCCAUGAAAAAAAUGUGAGAUGGGCGGACCACUACAAGCUUGACUAAACGGUUUCCACCUGUGUCACUAUUCUCAUAUUGUCUGCACUGUUUUGUUCAGAAAAUGAAAAAGAAAGGAAAAAAACCCUGCUGCAAAACAAUGUGAUGCAAGAGUGGCAAAUAUACUGUAUGUACUUUUUUACAGUUAAGUAAUGAGUAAUGAAGGGGUUGUUCUGAUUAAUGUUGUAUUAAAGUUGAUUUGCACAAUUAAA